GGAGAGCAGUCACAUAUAAUUCAAUGGCGCAGGAGGCGAAUCACCGCCGAUUGAAGAUCAUCGCAGGUGCUGACUCAUUUGGUUGCGCCCUAAAGGACUCAAUUCUGGAAUACCUUCGUUCUAUCAACAUCGAUGUCGAAGAUCUCGGCACAGACAGUUAUUAUUCCGUCGGGGAACAGGUUGGCCGCCGCGUUUCCGCAGCCUCCACCACCGUCUCUGACGUAGAGAUCCGCGGCCUUGUCGCUUGCGGUACUGGAGUCGGAGUCUCAAUCUUCGCCAACAAGUUCCCCGGCGUCUACGCUGCCACAUGUCUGACGACUGGCGAUGCGGAAAACAGUAGAUCUAUCAGUAAUUGCAAUGUUCUCGCUGUUUCCGGCAUGUCUACUGCGCCGGAAUCUGCAAUUGAGAUUGUCAACACCUGGCUCAAUACCCCAUUAAAAGCCCCUUGCCCUGCUUCUGGUUCCAAACCCUGGCCGCCGGAAAUAGAGUCUUUUAUCGACAAUUCAGUAUCGGAAAUGUCAAAAAUAGGAGUUGUUGGUGGUGGUGGUGAAUCUACUGUUCCAACAGAAACCUGCGCAAUUUGCUGUCUUGCAAAGAGCCGAGAAUUCACACCGGUGGAAAUAAUGCCAGGAGGGGAGAUGAAGAUUGUUCGGGAGAAACCAACUUCAGCAAUCGUUCGAUUCAAAGCAGGAAGCGUGGAGCCAGCACACCACCACACGUUUGGACAUGAUCUGAUGGUGCUAAAGGGAAGCAAGAAGAUAUGGAACUUGACCAAGAAAGAAAGUUACGAUUUAGAAGUUGGUGAUUUCCUCUUCACCCCGGCUGGAGAUGUGCACAGAGUGAAGUAUUUCGAGGACUCGGAAUUCUUCAUCAGGUGGGAUGGGCAAUGGGAUAUCUUCUUGGAUGAAGAUCUUGAUGCUGCACAUGCUGCCAUUGCUAAGGAGAUCAGUUGAGAAAUUAGGUUGUGUUAUGCUAUACAUAUAUGGUAUUUGUUUGUUCCAGCUUGUGUAAGAGAUUGAAGCUUUUGGAAUUUGCUUAAGAGAGGCUCAACUGUUUGCAAGUAUAUUAGUAUUUGUACAUGUUAUAGAAUUGGAAGGUAAUAUUUUUAUGUUAUUUGAAGUAUUCUGAAAUAAUUGUAUGUUUAAA